UGUGAAUGGAGGCGGCCGUGCGGGGCGCAGUCUGCGGGAGGAGCGGGACUUGCAGCUGGUCUGCAAGGGCUGUUCGUGGCCGAUAUACUACGGUGUCCCCCAGCCAGCGCCCCGUCAUCUAAUGCUGUGCUCCAUAGGCACCUACGUAGGACUGCAGGGCAAUCGCUGACCGGGCCGCCUCUCGGAGAACGAUGGAGGAUGAAGGUUCUCAAGAAGAAGAGCUGAGGCAGAGAAGAAAGGCUCCUUCAUCAGAACCUCAGGACGGCGAGCAGGACAAAAAUACCAAAGACGAUAGAAAAGCAGGAAAAUCUGCAAAAUGUGUCGCACUGCAGCGGUUUGCAAAGCUCUUUGUUGGCUGCCUUGUAACGGUUACGAGCGGCAUGAUGUAUGCGGUCUACCUGUCCACCUAUCACGAGCGCAAGUUCUGGUUUUCCAGCCGCAGGGAUCUUGAGCGGGAAAUCACUUUCCAGGGGGAUGGAGCUGUUUACUAUUCUUUUUAUAAGGACAUGCUGAGGGCACCGUCAUUUGAAAGAGGUGUAUUUGAGCUGGCGUACAACAAUAGGACUGUACCUAUGAAAACUAUUAAUGCCGUGCAGCAGAUGACUCUGUACCCGGAGCUCUUAGCCAGUGCCCUGUACCAGUUGUCUGGAAGUCAGGGUGCUGUGGAUCCUGUUUAUUUCUACAUCGGGAUCAUAUUUGGUCUGCAAGGAAUUUAUCUAAGUGCCUUGUUUGUCACCAGCUGGAUAAUGAGUGGCACCUGGCUGGCUGGGACACUGACUGCUGCCUGGUUUAUUAUUAACAGGACGGACACCACGCGGAUGGAAGACUCCAUUCCACUAAGGGAGAACUGGGCUCUCCCCUACUUUGCAUGUCAAGUCGCUGCACUCACUGGGUUUUUAAGGAACAGCAGUAAUUUGUCUGCAGAGAGGAUCUGCUACCUGCUUAUGUGUGCGUCCACGUAUACUUUCAUAAUGAUGUGGGAGUACAGCCAUUACCUGCUUUUUAUACAGGCCUUAUCCUUGUGUCUCCUUGAUGGACUCUGUCUGGUCAAGAAAGAGAAGGUUCAUAAAGUACAUAAAAUGUACUUAUUCUCUGUAUUUUUGGGAUAUUUACUCCAGUUUGAAAAUUCAUCGCUGCUAACGUCUCCUCUGCUAAGCCUUGUGAUAGGUUCUAUGAUUGCCAAAAGCCUCCAGAUUAGUGUGAAGAAGGGCACCUUCAGAGCAAAAGUGAUGAAGAUGAUGUACUUUUAUUUAGCAUUUACGAUUGCAGUAUCCUUGCAUUUUUUAAUAAGGACCGUCAUUCCUCAUAAAGAAAACCAUCAAAUCCUAAAGUCUCUUGAAGUAAAAUUUGGACUGAGUAUGACAAAGAAUUUCACGGUGAACUGGCUGCUGUGUCAGGAAUCAUUCCAGCCGCCGUCUCAGGACUACCUCUUAAGGCUUACACAGUCCUCACUUUUACCCUUUUACCUCCUGGUCUUAAUUAUAUGCCUGUUCUCCAUAUCCCAGGGGAUAUUUAAAAGGUUUCGUGGUGAGCCAGCCAGCUCUAAUAAUACUCCUGAAGAUGGGCGAGUUGGAGAAAGGCCUGAGGUCAUCUAUCAUGUCAUCCAAAGUCUUCUCCUUGGUUUACUGGCCAUGAACUUUGAGGGGAUGAAGUACCUGUGGACGCCUUAUGUCUGUGUUCUCGCUGCCUUCGGUGUUUGUUCUCCGGAACUUUGGUUGACGCUUUUCAAGUGGAUUCGUCUGAAAACUGUGCAUCCGGUUGUGCUGGCUUUUGUGUUAAGUGCUGUAGUCCCCACUGUAAUUGGCUUCAGUUUAUGGAGAGAGUUCUUACCCAUGAUUGUUAGUGAAUUUUCAGAGCUGGAGGAGCACUAUGAGUCUGACACAGUGGAGCUCAUGAACUGGAUAAAAAGCCAGGCUCCCCUUACAGCAGUGUUUGCUGGAAGCCCUCAGCUGAUGGGUGCUAUAAAACUCUGCACCGGAUGGAUGGUGACGAGCUUACCCGUUUACAACGAUGAAGACCUGAUGCGGAGAAAUGAGAAUAUGUAUCAGAUCUACAGUAUGAGGUCAGCAGAGGACAUCUAUAAGAUUCUUACCUCUCAUAAAGCCAGCUAUGUGGUGGUAGAAGAUUCGAUCUGCAAUGAGGUGGCCACAAUGCGUGGCUGCAGAGUGAAAGAUUUGCUUGAUAUUGCAAAUGACCAUGUGGUGAAUGAAGAUGGCGACGUCUAUGCCUAUUCCAAAUACGGACGAUUCUGCCACGAGAUCAAAAUGAACUAUUCUCCGUACGUGAACUAUUUCACCCGGGUGUUUUGGAACAGGUCAUAUUUCGUGUACAAGAUCAACACGAUCAUAUCCUUCCAAUACUGACGAGCCCAGCUCUGGAGGACGUCCCGUGUGGUUUUCUGCACGGCGCCAAUCUUCCUCUUCCUGCACAACGCCACUGAGACGGUUUUGAUACCCGGCGUAACUCUUAUGCAAUCGUUGGGUUGAUGAGCAGCCCUGCCGGUAACGGGGGGGGGGGGGGGCCACAGAGGAGCACAGGGUUUGGAGCAGGGUCAUCCCGAAAGGUCAUGAAACCAGAAGAGCCCAAAGACGGCCCUGAUCCAAGUCAUUUUACUUCACUUCAGCUUUAAAUUAUGCAAAGAACUUAUUUUUUUUACAUUUUUCUUUUUAGUUUCCUUUUUAUCUUUUUUGUUCUUUUAAUGGUGAUCUGUGUGUUUUCCAUGGCGGCAGUAUGGAAGCGUAAACGACGAGUGUUGUCUUAUAAAACCUAAGCAGAUUACUUGUGGACAUUGGUGAUCUCUUUCCUGGAAUCCAGGAAGAUCAUCCGUCGUCCCCUUGACGUGUCUGUUCUAGGAAAUACUUGGGGCCAACGUGAUUUUGAAAAAAAAAUUGAAAAAAAUAUUGGCACUUUUGCGCCAAUUUUAUUUUUUAAAGGUGCGCCACUGUUAAUAAAUUAGGAGCAUUUUGAUCUGUCUAAAAAUCAGAGCAGUCAUAGAUUUGGUCCAAAAUGGGCGCCAUUUUCUCUCUGUCUUCUUAAUAAGGGUUUAUAAAAUGCCCUUUCUUUAAGUCACACCCACUUUCCAGUAAACCACACCCCUUUUCAAAUACGUCAAAAACCUGUAGAAACCCUAGAUGGGCCAACAUGCGCUACUUUUUUGGCGCAGGUACAUGAAUAAAUCUGGAUCCGUGAUUUGUGGGCGUAAACUGUUGGCCUUGGGAUUCUCCAUGUAAUCACAAUUCUG